AUGCUAUGGCAUCAUACACCCACUGCUGAUAAUCCUGCAGAUCUCAUAUCCAGAGGAGUUGAUAUUGGAACUAUGGCCUCAUCCGAGCUAUGGUGGCGAGGGCCAAAGUGGCUCAAGAAAGAAAGGUCCUGUUGGCCUGAAAGACCAAUUUUGCCAUCAGAAAUACCAGAAGUACGCAAAAUAAAAUUAAUUUUAGCAACAACAAAUAAAGAACCUUUCUGGCUGUUGGAGAAGUGUUGUACAUGGUCCAAAUUAUUAAGAACAACGGCUUUAGUUCGACGUUUUGUUUCCAAUUGCAAAGCCAAACGGUUAAACUAUGAGCGGUGCAAUGGUUUCAUUUCUGUGGAUGAAAUGAAUAAGGCCAGAAGCUUUUGGUUAAUGCAAGCUCAGUCUGAAUCAAUGUCAAACGAAAUAGCAGAUUUGCGUUCUGGUAAGAUGGUCCAUCGUGGAAGUUGCUUAAAGGCCUUAAACCCAUUCAUUGACGAUCAGGGAUUAGUCAGAGUAGGAGAACGGCUUGUUUAUGCUCCUCGCCAGUACAAUACAAAGUAUCCUAUUGUUUUACCAUCAAAAUUAUUGAUUACCAAGCUGAUUUUUAAUUAUGAACAUAUUCGGCUCAUGCAUGCAGGGCCACAGGCAUUGUUUGCCCACGUUACAUCAAGCUAUUGGCCAAUCUGGGGUAGACAAAUUGCAACACAAAUUGUUCGAAAAUGUGUAACCUGUUUCCGAGCGCGCCAUCAGUUAACUCCACCAUUAAUGGCGCCUCUGCCCAGUGUACGCGUUACUAUUGCUCGACCAUUUGCCAAUAGUGGAGUAGAUCUGUGUGGCCCAAUAUUUGUUCGCAGUGGGCUGAGAAAGAUAUCACCGUCAAAGAAUUAUAUCUGUGUGUUUAUUUGCAUGAUUACUCGCGCCAUCCAUCUAGAAUUAGUGUCAUCACUGUCUACUGAAGAUUUUUUGGCUGCACUAUCUCGUUUUAUGUCGCGGAGAGGUCAAUGUGGGGACCUUCACAGCGACAACGGCACAAACUUUGUAGGUGCAGACCGUACACUCAAGGCGUAUUUCAAGGCAACUGUAAACAGCAAUAAAGUGCAUGAUUUUCUUACUAUGCGGGAAAUUACAUGGCACUUCAUACCUCCUGCUUCCCCACACUUUGGAGGUUUGUGGGAGAGUGCAGUCAAGUCAGCUAAAAAGCAUCUUAUUCGAGUGUCAAAGGGAGUGUUGCUAACAUUUGAUGAAACCAGAACUUUAUUAUGUCAAAUUGAAGCUGCAUUGAAUUCUCGGCCUCUAUCCCCACUUUCAUUAUUUGACCCAAAUGAUUUCAAUGCACUGACACCAGGUCACUUCUUAAUUGGUGGUCCUCUCAUGCUACCACCUGAGCCUGAUGUGUCAUCCAUACCGCAGAACUGUUUAAAGCGAUAUCAACUUAUGCGGCAGCAAAUGAAACUAUUCUGGAAACGUUGGUCAUAG